UAACAAUGGCGGUUAGGGUUUUGAUUUUGAGUUUUAGUUCUUGAUUAGAGAGGAAAGAAGAGAGAGAAAGUUAGGGGUGUGGUGCUACUGAGUACUGUACUAAUGUGUUUAUUGGGUUAGUACUUAGUAUGAGAAUAAAUGAAAUUUGAAAUGGGAAAAAAAGAGGAGAGAGAAAAAGUCCAGUAAUUGAGACUUGAGAGAGUAAGAGAAAAAGUACUCGUUGAGAGAUAGAUAAAGUAAGGAGAGAAAAAUUUGGACGGAUUAGUUUAAAGAUUUUUUUUUAAAAAAAUUAAGACCCUCUAAUUGUGAUACCUAUGCUGAAUCCCACUUUAGACCGGCACAGGGCGGGCUUGCUGACUGCAAACUUAAUUGAUUAUACAUGUACGAAAUGUCACUUCAGUAUAAUCAUUUAUCUUACCCACUAAAAAAAUAAGGAACCCCUUCAACAAAUAAGAGUUACAGUAGGAAAUAACAUGUGAAACAUGCGACGAUGCCGAGACACACAGGAGUCGGAUCAAUUUUUUUUUUUUUUUUUUUUUUUUGAGGGGGAGUCGGAUCAAUUACAUUAGCUGUAGAUGCAGAGAUAGAAUUGACUCAACUCCAAACUCUAAGAAACUAACUGAAAAAGAUGAGAAGAUAAAUUUUGCAAUGGAACCCCAAAAUCACAAAUCCCAGAAUCUCUCUUUAAAAACCAAAAAUGAAAAACCUUACCCCUGAAAAAUUUCCACUUCUCAAUAACAUGGCUUCCUCUUCUGUAUCACCCACCAUUGAAACUGAAGAAAAUCAGCAUCCCAAAACCAGUUACUGGACAUGGAAAAAACAGGAUUUUUUCCCAGAAAGUUCCUUCAAUUCUUUAUCAGACUACAAAACAGCUCUUUCCCAGAUUUGCCCACGUUUGAAAGACCGAUUAUUGAGCCGUUCCUCGGACUCUUUCGAGCUGGUUGAGUUGAAAAAAGAGAGUGUUAAUAAUAUGAGCAAAUGCUUGACUUGGUGGGACUUAAUAUGGUUAAGUUUUGGUUCCGUUGUCGGGUCAGGUAUAUUCAGCAUUACAGGUCAGGAAGCUCAUAAUCAUGCAGGUCCUGCAAUUGUACUGUCCUAUGCAAUUUCUGGGUUUUCUGCAUUGUUAUCUGUGUUCUGUUACACUGAAUUUACAGUUGAAGUUCCUGUUGCUGGUGGGUCUUUUUCUUUUCUUAGGAUUGAACUUGGUGAUUUCAUUGCUUUUAUUGCUGCUAGUAAUAUUCUGCUUGAAGCAAUUGUGGGUGCUGCUGGUUUAGGAAGAUCAUGGUCUUCGUAUUUCGCUAGUAUGAUUAAGAAUGAUUCUGAUUUCUUCCGAAUUCGUGUUCAUUCGUUUGCUGAUGGGUUCAAUCUUCUGGACCCAAUUGCUGUUGUUGUGCUGUUGGUGGCUAAUGGUAUUGCAAUGUCAGGGACUAAGCACACGUCGUGUUUGAAUUGGUUGAGUUCGAUUAUGAGUGCAUUGGUGAUUGUUUUUAUUAUCAUUGUUGGGUUUGUCCAUUCGAAAUCUGAGAAUUUAGUGCCCUUUUUUCCAUUUGGGGCUGAAGGGGUAUUUCAGGCUGCUGCUGUUGUGUAUUGGUCAUAUACUGGGUUUGAUAUGGUUGCUACCAUGGCGGAAGAAACCAAGCGUCCUGCAAGGGAUAUCCCUAUAGGAUUGAUUGGAUCGAUGUCGAUGAUAACUGUGAUUUAUUGUUUGAUGUCAUUGACAUUGACUAUGAUGCAGAAGUACACUGAUAUUGAUAUUAACGCGCCUUACACAGUUGUUUUUGAACGGAUUGGCAUGAAAUGGGCAAAGUAUUUGGUGUCUGUUGUAGCUCUGAAAGGGAUGACUACCAGUUUGCUUGUGGGUUCUCUUGGGCAAGCUCGCUAUACAACACAAAUUGCUAGGGCUCAUAUGAUACCUCCAUGGUUCGCACUUGUUCAUCCGAAAACCAGAACUCCUAUUAAUGCCACUUUGCUUGUAACCAUUCUCAGUGCUGUAAUUGCCUUGUUCUCCAGUUUGGAUGUUCUGUCUAGUGUCUUCUCGUUCAGUACUCUUUUCAUUUUUAUGUUGAUGGCCGUGGCAUUGUUAGUUAGGCGCUACUAUGUUGCAGAUAUCACACCAAAGCAGGGUCUAUACAAAUUUCUUGCAUGCUUAUUCUUGAUUGGAGCCUCUUCAGUUGGCUUAACAGUAAUAUGGAAUCUAAACAACCACAGCUGGAUUGGUUACUCUGUGUGUGGAGCGGUUUGGUUUGUUGCUACUUUGGCAAUGCAGUUACUGGCGAAGCAGCGAGCUGCAAAGGUUUGGGAGGUUCCACUAGUUCCAUGGUUACCAUCAUUAUCGAUUGCAAUGAACAUCUUUUUGAUAGGAUCAUUGGGUUAUCUAGCCUUUCUUAGGUUCUUCAUCUGUAGUGCAGUUAUGCUAAUUUACUAUCUUUUUGUGGGUGUGCAUGCAACAUAUGAUGUUGCUCAUGAUGAUGUGAGGGAAAGCAAGAUUGAGCAAGCAAGAGCGGACGUCAAUCAAGGGAGCCUAUAGUGCAACCCAUACAGGCAGCUCAUAUUCUUAAGAUUUCGUUUGUCUUAGACGCUUUGGAUUUUAGAAAAAUUAUGUUGGAAGUGAAUAUAUUAUAUAUGUACAGUACAUUCUAAGAAUAAAAAUGCCUUUGAUAACUCUAAUAUCUUUAUAAAAUGAUCAUAUAAAGAGUUUGAAUGUCUA